AAUACAACCCCCCUCACAAACUGUCCCCACACACACACAUCAUUCAAUUCAACGCCUUCUCUCUCUCUCUCUCUCUCUCCGGUGGCUUGGACAUCGGCUGCUUACGGCGAUAGAAGACUUAAGAGUCCCUGAUGGAGCAGCAGCAGGUGGUUGAUUCGCCGGUUAGUGUCGCGGUCCUAUCGGAGAACAACAGCAAGAGCAACACCAGCUUGGAGCACAAGUGCACGACCACAACUCCCCCUCCGAAACCCCCGCAAUCACAAGAAAGUUGCCGGAUUUCUCGGGUCCCCGGCGAGCUGCGCAGACCCUGCACGCCGGAUCGCCUCAAAGUCCCCAAGGCUUUCAAGUACCCUGAAAGCCCAACUGAUCUGAUGGUGUCUCCCGUCACAAAAGGCCUCCUCGCCCGAAGCAGAAAAGGUGGCAUCGUCUUGCCGCCUAGUAAAGAUCAGCUCAAGGUUCCCGGCUCGCUGGUUCCAGAUGCGGGUCUCUUUCAUUAACUCCGAACUGAAGGAUUAUGCGACUCGGCACGUCUUACCCGAUAUAACAUGAGAUCCAAUAGCCUGCACCGCUGGUGAUGCAGAAAAAGUCUUCUGGGAUUUUGCGGGAAAGCUCAACUUGUUUUUACUUUCGACUGAUGUACCAUCUGAUUGUAAUAUUCUUUUGGUAUAAGACGAUUCUCUGUAAACAUUACGCAAUGUCUCGUGGAAAUUAAUGUUCUGUUACUGCUUAA